AUGAACGAUUCAGAAAAGCUCAUUUCUUACCCAAAAUCUGAUCAUUCUCCUCCAAUUUCAUCCAGUUCCAGCUCUCCUCCUCUACGUCAAGUUCGUAACGACCGGAUCUACAUUGGAAAUCUUCACCCAUCUGUGGACGAAUAUUCUCUUCUUCAACUAUUCUCAAAAUACGGCAAGGUCACAAAGCUUGAUUUUCUUUUCCACAAAUCAGGCCCUCUGAAGGGUAAACCGCGCGGUUACGCUUUUGUUGAGUAUGCAGAUAAAGACGAAGCCCAAAAGGCAUUGGCCUCUGCCCACGACAAGUUAUUUCGAGGUCGCAAACUGGUCGUAACAUACGCACAACAAGCCCCUGCAGAAAUCGCAUCCUCACGAACUCGAAGGAACGUGAUGGAUAGUGGCCGCCCUACGACCCUCAGCCUUCUGAAGUCUGGUGUCACUGCCCAUUCCAGCAGACAUCAGCGUGACCCAACUUCCAAUAAAAUAGCAUUGAUGGAAGCAAAGCUUCGGCAAAUGGACGCUAGCAAGCUGUCGAUUCUCGAAUCACCGUCCUCAUUGUCGACACAUCCAUCCCUCCCGUCGAAACCGCCACCUGUAGACCCCUCAGCUGAACCACCACCUCGCCCUACUAAACAUUCCUUACCUUCCUCCAACGCGGAGUCUUCAGGUUUACGCCUCACCGCCCCACCCAAAUCAAUACCUACCAAAGCGAAAUCUACCGGUCUUUUAGGAGUGAAGAUAGUCAAGAAGGAAAAGCCCGCAGGCGCGUCAGGAAGAUGA